AUGGAGUACGUGAUCCGGUUCGCGCAAGCGCACGAAUCCUUCCGCCGCCCCGAAAUCGAAGCCUUGUCACGGCUGGCAGGACUCAGCUGUGAAAUCGUAUCGUACAAGCCGAAGUCACCGUUCUGCGUGGUUCGGUUUCCGGACCUCGACCGUGCCGGUCAUUCCGCCGAGCGCGUGGAUGAGGUCGUGCGCGCAUUCUUCAAGCGCUCCGUGCUCGCCAAGAGUAUUUACGAAUUGUGGGCGAGAGGGCGGGAUUAUGACUCCCUGCAUGAGACUCUGAGGGGGCGUGGGGACGGGUUCUCGGAGAGGUUUCGGCGCUCGACUUUUAGGUUUUCGGUCGAUUGCUAUGGGAGUACGCGCAGUUUGGCGGUGCAGAGGGAGUUGAUUAAUGGGUUCAAGUAUCUGGGGUUGGAGGGGAAGAUUCGCAUGAAGGAUCCAGAGGUCGAGUUUACGAUCAUGGAGUUGUGGCUUGCGCCUGGGACUACGGGUCAGGGGCCGGAUGGGGAAGGUGAGGUCGGGGAUGGGAUGUUUGAUGAGAUCGCGGGCACGAAAUUCAGAGAAGUGUUUCUUGGGCGAAAGCUGGGGGAUUCCCGGAGGUAUCUGAAGGACAAGCACGAUUUGAAGAAGCGGCCGUAUAUCUCGACCACUUCGAUGGAUGCCGAGUUGGCCCUGGUCACUGCUACUCUGGCACUGGCUUCUCCGGGGAAAUUGUUCAUGGAUCCUUUUGUCGGGACUGGUGGGUUCAUGAUUGCGGCUGCCGAGUUGGGAGCGAUGUCUUUUGGAUCGGACAUUGAUGGGCGCAGUUUCAAGGGAAAAGGCAUUGGAAUCGACACAGGAGUUGGUGCGAACUUCAAGAAGUAUUCUUUGCAACAUCUCUUUGGGGACUGUGUGACUUCGGAUUUGACAAAUACACCUUUUCGGAUUGUAAAAGGACUUAAUCAUCUGAAAGAUGCCAGAUGGCUGGAUGGAAUUAUUUGUGACCCUCCUUACGGAGUCAGAGAAGGUUUGAGGGUGCUGGGCACGAGGAAAGGCCUCAUGCCACCAGCAGAGUGCGGUGGAGUAAACCCAUCGUCAACACAGGGAUCGACUCAUCAAGUCCACCUGAUAGGGGGAGUACCUGGCUACACAUUGCCUGGGUAUAUCCCACCAAAGAAGCCAUAUUCCUUCAUGCGGAUGCUGGAUGACAUCCUGGACUUCGCAGCUAGGACACUCGUUGAUGGUGGCCGAAUCGCAUUCUGGAUGCCUAGUGCCAAUGAAGAUGAGUUCGGCCAGGAAGUUCCCACGGUGAUCCCUUCACAUACUCACCUCGAACUCAAACAUGAAUGCAUACAGCGCUUCAAUAAGUGGAGCCGCCGAUUGCUUGUGUAUGAGAGGCUCCGUGGACCGAUCGAGAUUGGGGAGGUGAUGGAGAAGCUCUCUCUUGAUGGAACUGCCGAUGAGCUUAAUCCUUUCCGGAAGAGGUAUUUCCAACCUGUCGUGGACAGAAAUGGUGGUCCUGUAGCAUAG